AUGGGGUGGUGGUCCACUAUGGUGAAAAACGUACGGAGACCCUCAACUAUAGACAGUUUAGAAUCAGCCCCACCCCCACAUAACUUUCAAAAUUUUGUUAGAUUUAGUAGUUGUUCGUUUGAAAUUUCACAACCUUUAACUAAAUUUUUCAAGGUGUGUAAAGAUGAAGGGGUAGUUUCAGAUGAGGCUAUCGUUGAGGGGGUAUGCAUACAAUUUAAUCGUCUUCUUAAUCCUACCACGCACACUCUAAAACCCUCAGUUCGAGACCCGCACCUAAUUCCUCAAAUCCCUUCGACAAUGGCGAUCGCCCCCUCCACUCACGCGCAGCUCCUCUCCUCCUCCCUCGCCUUCUUUCUCCUCUUGUUCAUACCAUCUCGCUCCUCCGCUCUAGGGUUUAGGACCUCGGCCAUAUCGUCGGCGCCGAGCGCUCUCCCGCGACUCCCCAGGUACGUCGCGCUCCCGCCGACUCUGGCCCCGGACGUGAUGCCGCGCUUCCCCUCCCCCGGCGCCGGCGGUGGAGUGGGGGCGGCGCCGGCGAGCUCGCUCCCGACCAUCCCCUCGAGCCCGAGCCCGCCCAACCCCGACGCGCUCCCGCAGCCCGACUCGGACAUCGCCCCGCUCGGCGCCGCCGCCUCCGCCGCCGCGGCGCCCGCCGCGGGUGGGGCGGCGUUGGCCGCCGCGGUGGUGGCCGCGUGGUGGUGCUUGGGGAACCACGGGAGGUGAGGGUUGGGUGUGUCGGGGAGCUUUUUUGUGAUUAGAUUAAUCUUUUUGNUUUUUUUUUUUUUUUUUUUUUUUUUUUUUGAGGGAAAUGGGGGUUGGAGAAUGUUAUAAUUUUGUUUGAUUGAGUAUAUGGUUGGUUGGAAUAAAGUUGGUGAAAUUGAUGUGUUUGUAACCGCAUGCGGAUUCAAAUAUAUUGUUCGGUUUGAUAAAUUUGAAUUUAA